AUGACUAGCUUCAAGAUUCAAGAUCUCAGCUGUGGCGUGGCCUAUUUGGCUGAUAAGCCCAAAUUUGAGUCUUGCACUGGCAAACCUGGCCGCCAUCCUGAAGACCCAAUGACAGAUCUGGUUUCGAUAUCUUUUACACCACCACAAUUAACGCAAUUUGUACCGAAUACUUUGCUCAGGUUCAAUUUUGAGUUCAAAGAAACCCAGAAGUUCAAACCAAUGGGACUUAUCGAAAGUCUGUACAUUGCAGACCAAAAAGGAAAAUUACUUUUUGAAUACUCCCUGAGGCCGUCAACUCCCGGGCAUCAGUAUAUCUUCAACAAGUUGCGAUAUGCAAAAGACGACAAGAAAGAUGACGUGAAUGAGCUCAAAGGCGGAUGUUUCCUCUCCGGUCUGGCUUCUCUGGUGGAGCUGGAGUCGAACCUGUUUGUUGCAUGGAAGAAGUUGGGGCCUCUCGUGGUGAUUGUUGUUGGAAGUGGAUAUACUUCGCCUGUGGAGGUGGCAUAUACAAAAGAGAAGGUGGUAGACGAAGGCGAGACUUCGGAGGAAGAAUCCGAAGAGGAAUCUGAGGAAGGGUCUGAGGAAGAGUCGGAGCAGGAGUCUGUGGAAGAGUAUGAGGAAGAAAAUAAUGAGUUCCAAGAAUCAGAAUAUGAAGAGGAGCGAGACGAGUCCGAAAAUGAAGGAGAACAACUCACAGGGACAACGAAUCACACGGCUACAAAUGUCAAGAUUCAUCCAACGUACAAUCCGCUUCUUUACCACGACUUCAUAGAUCGGGUUAUAUCGGCCAUGAACCUCUUUCUCGGGAAACCCAUCACAGUGGCCCUUGUUGAGUCAAAUAGCGAUACUCUGGUGCUGCUGCUGCAGGAGAUGGUGGACGCGGACUAUCCAUAUAUCACCGAUCUUAACCAGCUGAAGGACCUCUUACCAAGCUCUAGCAUCUUGAAGUCUUUUCUCGACAGAACCAAAAAGUUCUCCGAAUCUGCCCAGAAAUCAUUCUCGAGGCAGGACACGUUACCUGGACGUGGAAAUGUGAGUGUCAACCGUCCUGUUCCGUCUUCAGCUAAGGGAACUGGCAAUGGCUCUGUCUGGGAGAAAUCGGGAUCUUCUACACCAUGGAGGAGAAGUAACGUCAAGUACACCAACAACGAGAUGUUUGUGGAUGUGACCGAAAGGAUUACGGUAAUCAUUCCUCCUUCAAAAUCAGGAAGGUCCAAAAGUUCAAAGAAAAUUCCCCAGGGAUCAGCGUUCUACAGCAGUUCCUCGUACCUGGGGUCUCAAAACACCACCAAAAGUUUCACCACGCCCAUAGUGGCACGCAUAGACGGAAAAGUUAUAUUCACAUCGCGUUUAUCUGGAAUCCCCAAUCUUAAGCUGGUGAUGUCUCCGGGUCGGCACGAUCUGGGAGUGCCUUCAUUCCACCCAUGUGUGGACAUCGCUCAAUGGGUGCAAACACCCGGAACACUAUCCUUUGUUCCUCCAGACGGUGCUUUCAACCUCAUGGAUUACUCCAUUGAUCUGCUGAACAACCCGUUGUACUCAGACAAUGCCAGGGAGCUGUCUAGUUAUAUGGGUCUGGUAUCCGUUGAUCUGACAGUGGGUCUGGGCCUCAACGCGAACGAGUUCGAGAUCCAGGUGAACACAACCAGCUUCAAGGCAGUGAAGGGAGUAGACGAUCUGAAGCUGGAGAUUGUGAUCUCCGAUCCUGGCUCCAAGGCUGGCGACUCCGAUGAAACCCCGUUAACUCUGAAGUCUCUACGUAUGACCCACGGUGAUUUGCGAAUGACCGAGAAAGGUACCUACGAAUGGGGUUUCGACAAGCUGUUGACUCUGGGAGUUCAUCCUUCAUUCAGAGGUGCCCUUCUAUCUGAUUCUGACUCGAAUGCUAAUUCCAACAACGCGAGUGACGACGAAAGCAUCACCGCCAGGUUGCCCAAAAGACCGUUACAACCAAAGUUCGUCCGAAUGAGUUAUGGAAAUAAGGGAUGCCUGCCCAGUGGUAUCAAGGUGGACUUGCUCAAGAUCACUAGUGCCCAAGGCCUUGGCGAGAAUGUGAAGCCAUACAAGGGUGUCAAGUAUAUAACCGAGAUUGGCCAGUAUGUUCUCCGUUGA